AUAUCACUGAUGGAUAAAGCCCAGGAAUGGUAGUCGAUCGCAGAUAAGAACAGAGAUUAGAUGAACAUGGCUCUCUCCAGAGGUUUGAGAUGCUGUCAAAGGGUUUUCUCCUGGAUACCUGUUCUUAUAAUAACCUCCGUGGCGUUGUGGUCAUACUACGCCUACGUGUUUGAGCUAUGUCUUUUUACGCUCACCAACACACUGGAAAAGGUGGCCUAUCUACUGGUAUUUCAUGUUUGCUUUGUGAUGUUCUCCUGGACCUACUGGAAGUCCAUUUUUACCCCCCCUGCAUCACCAUGCAAAAAGUUUCAGCUGUCAUACUCAGACAAGCAAAGAUACGAGAUGGAAGAGAGGCCAGAUGCUCAGAAACAAAUCCUGGUUGAGAUCGCAAAGAAACUGCCCAUCUUUAGUCGAGCUCAGUCCGGAGCUAUCAGGUUCUGCGACCGCUGCCAGGUACUGAAGCCUGACCGCUGUCACCACUGCUCUGUUUGUGAAACGUGUGUCUUGAAGAUGGACCAUCACUGUCCCUGGGUGAACAACUGUGUGGGCUUUUCCAACUACAAGUUUUUCCUGCUUUUCCUCUCCUACUCCAUGCUGUAUUGUGUAUUCAUUGCAGCAACAGUCUUUCAGUAUUUCCUUAAAUUCUGGGUGGGGGACUUGCCAAAUGGGCCCGCUAAGUUUCAUGUACUCUUCCUCAUGUUUGUGGCGCUCAUGUUCUUCGUCAGUCUCAUGUUCCUCUUUGGAUACCACUGUUGGUUGGUGGCCAAGAACCGAUCCACUUUAGAGGCUUUCUCAGCUCCAGUUUUUGUCAGUGGACCAGACAGAAAUGGCUUUAAUGUCGGCAUACGCAGAAACCUGCAGCAGGUAUUUGGAGAGGAUCGGAGGCUGUGGUUCAUCCCUGUUUUCACAAGCCAAGGGAACGGACACUAUUUCCCCUUGAAGAAUCGGAGUUCUGAGUCCCACAACCCCUUAUUAGCUAAUGAAGACAUGUGGGAAGAGUCGGAUGAUGGCUCUGAGGAGGGAAGCUUGGUUGAGGACCAUGACCCCUCUGUUACCAUUGAGAUGGAGGAAUAGUAAUGUAAUGUAAGAACAAUCUACACUGGUACAGAGGAUGUAGAUUAAUUUCGCACACACUGUGUACCACGAGGCAAGUGCAUUCCAUAUCACGUGGAUCGUCAGACACUGACAAAAAUUCUGAAGGGGGGCCAAACGUGUGGAUUUAAAAACCUGCAUUUGGAUUGUCAUUGCCACUUUUACCUGUGUUUUACAUAAUGAUGAUAGAAGAACUGAAUGGACAUCCAGUAGCAUCACCUCUCCUCUCAUGGACAACAGUAACGGUUUGAUUCAGACAAAAAACUUGUCAAACAUUACCUUGCAUACAAAAAGAUAACUGCUAUUUAUUAUUUUAUAUCCCUCCGGUUGUUCAUCUCAAGGUACUGGCCUCUGUAGGAUUAUAAAUUACUGUUAAUUGGGGAACUUCUGUCUGGCACUGUAUUACUUUAUAUGCCUCUGUUUCAGUGUUUCACCUUAGAGCUUGGACUGUGCAGGGUGGUGGGAUAUAAAUUAACACCCAUAAUGCUCCAGAGGUCUCUUAUAGUGAUUCAGUUCUCUGGCCUCUACCCAUUUGGGUCUUGCAGUAUAUUAACAUAAGAUUUAACUUGACUUUUUUUCUCAAUGAACAAACAUAUUUUAUUAACCGACUUAACCUCCGCCUUAUUAAUAUAUUUAUUCUUGUGUUUUCGGAGUCCAUUUCUCCUAAGAAUGUAUUCGGCCCCCUGCUUGUGAAUAGACUAUGCCAACAUUUUGGGCACCUAUUUACGAAACAACCUCUCAUGUUAUGCUUUAAUAGAGUACUUCAGCAUUAAUAGUGAUGCCAUUACCAAUGUCUGAUCAGACUGGUGAUUGUAAUAAACACAGAACUAGCAUUCAUUUGUAGCUUUGAUUCACUACAGCUCAUUAUGUUUGAGAACCAUGCUAAAGUCUCAACCAGAGUAUUAUGGCAAACUAAAUAUCAUGGUUAUCAUUUUUCAGUGGUGUGACAUCCUGAAUAAACUGUACAUGACUUCAAAUAUAUGUUUAAAAAAAAAAAUCGGUUUGAUUUUAAGGUCCGGGAUGAUCAUACGAGGAAAAACUGAUAAGACAUUUAUUAACAAUAAUUAUCACAAUCUUGUCUUUCUACCAUAUCAGCCAUCCCUAGCACGGUUACACUUCUGUGACAGGAACGUGACGUGAAAGCAGCUUUCAUCAUAGGCACACAUUCAUUUAUAGGUUCGUUGUCUGUUAUCACUUUUGAUCUUUUUAAACAUGCAGCUAACUGUGUAUAUAUCUAUAUCUAUAUAUAACGACUGAUCCUCAUCCACUGGUUGGUCGAGCGAUCUUCUGCAAUAUAAUGUUUUACAUUUUUUUCUACAUAUGUUUAUGCAUUUAAAAUGUUUUAAUAACAAUGAAACGGUUUGGUUUAACGUGUGUAUUUAGCCAGUGUUCU